AUGAGUACGCAAAUUUUGGAGAUUCAGCCCAAAGAAUUGAAAUUCUUAUUUGAAUUGAAGAAGCAAAGCUCAUGCUCAGUUGCGCUAACUAACAUGACCAACCGCCAUGUUGCUUUUAAGGUUAAAACUACAUCCCCUAAGAAAUACUGUGUGCGACCAAAUGUUGGUGUUAUCUUACCAAAAUCUACUUCUGAAUUUUCAGUUACAAUGCAAGCUCCAAGGGCAGCUCCACCUGAUAUGGAAUGCAGAGAUAAGUUCUUAAUCCAAAGCACAAUUGUUUCUUCUGGGACAACUGAUGAGGAUAUUACAGCUAGCAUGUUUGCUAAAGAUGAUGGCAAGUACAUUGAAGAGAAAAAGCUAAGAGUAACUCUUAUUAGCCCACCCAACUCACCAAUGCUGUCACCAAUCAAGGUAGACUUGAAGCAGGGGCUGGGGCAUGAAGCUUUGAAUGAUCAAGUAUUUGGUGGGGUUGCAAUACUCCCUCAACAGAACAUGGUUACAAAGGAUGCAAAGUUCACAUCUGUUAAUAGCAAGGAGUCCAAGCCAAUAACGGAUGCUGAGUUGAAACCAGCAAAGGAUGUGGAGUUGAAACCAGCAAAGGGUGUGGAGUUGAAACCAGCAAAGGUUGUGGAGUUGAAACCAGCAAGGGAUGUUGAGUUGAAACCAGCAAAAGAUGUGGAGUUGAGACCAGCAAGGGAUGUUGAGUUGAAACCAGCAAAAGAUGUGGAGUUGAGACCAGAAAAAGAUGUGGAGUUGAGACCAGCAAAAGAUGUGGAGUUGAAAACAACACAGGAUGUGGAGUUGAAACCAUCAAAGGCUGUGGAGUUGAAACUAGCAAGAGAUGUGGAGUUGAAUGCAGAAAAGAUUGUGGAAGACUUGAAGUUGGUUAAAGAUAUUCAGGAGAUAAAAUCGAAGCUAAAUGAACUUGAAUUAAAGCUGAGCCAGGCUGAAGUUACUAUUUUAAAGCUGACAGAGGAGAGGAGUUCAAGCAUUCAGGAGAGGAAAAAAUUACAGGAGCAAUUAGCACAACUGAACCAAAGGGGGGUGAGUGUGAAAAGAGUCCAAGUUGGGUUUCCUCUACUAUAUGUUUGUAUGGUGGGGCUUAUCAGUGUUGCUCUUGGAUACUGUCUUCAUCCUUGA